GCCGGAGCCGCCGCUGCCAGCGACAUGUUCAAGGUAAUUCAGAGGUUUGUGGGGCUGGGCAGCCUGAGCCUGCUCACCUUCAAGAUCUAUGCAUCAUCAAAAAAGGACUCACCUCACAAAGAUACUGUGAAGGUUAAUGAGCUUUCACUCUGCUCCAUUCCUGAGGAUCAGUCUAAAUAUGUGGAAGAACCAAGGACCCAACUUGAAGAAAGCAUCUCUCAUCUCCAACAUUAUUGCGAACCAUAUACAAGUUGGUGUCAGGAAAAGUACUCCCAAAAUAAGCCCAAGAUGCAAAGUUUGGUUCAAUGGGGGUUAGACAGCUAUGAAUAUCUCCAAAAUGCACCUCCUGGAUUUUUUCCAAGACUUGGUGUUAUUGGUUUUGCUGGAGUUGUUGGACUCGUUUUGACUAGAGGUUCAAAGAUACAGAAGCUUGUGUAUCCGCCUGGUUUCAUGGGAUUUGCUGCCUCUCUUUAUCAUCCACAACAAGCCAUUGUAUUUGUCCAGGUCAGUGGAGAGAAACUGUAUGACUGGGGUUUACAAAGCUACGUUGUCGUAGAUUUGUGGAAGGAGAACUUUCAAAAGUCAGGAAAUGUGAAGAACUCGUCUGGAAAUAAGUAGAAUACUCCAUGCUCUGCCCAUUUUAAUCAGGUAAACAUUGGAAACUCCAUAUGGUAAAUCAGUAUUUCUGCAGAAAAAUGGCAGAGAAGUCAGUAUUGAAUGUAGUAAAUUGGCAUUCUUCUGGAAAAACUAUUCUAGGUCUCUUUGUUAUCUUGGGUGAUGCCGUACUCCAAGUGGACUAAUCUGAAAUUCUUCCACCUAGAGAUAAUGUAUAAGCCUUAGAACUCCUCGUUCUCAUGUGGCUAUUUAUGUACAUAAUUAAAGAUCUAAGUUAAAAAGAAAAAAGAA